AUGGUACACCUCUACACCUACGGUCUUUUGGUAUCAAUGUAUUCAUUGUUGGUAUUUCACACCCUAUCCUACCCUACAAUGUCCCCAUUGUAAUUGUGCAUUACGUCAGCUUGUUAAUGAAGAACGAAUGGGUAUCUCCUAACUCACAUCACAUCUGUAUAAAAGUAAAGCACAAGGUCAAUACGUUCCAACCCGGGGUCUUCUUUGGCAUAUCGAUGACACUUUAGACACCAUAGAGAAUGAAGCAGACGACGACGAUCUGAGACAUAUGUUAAAAGAAGAUUACACACUACCUCCUGACGAAAACGAUCCCGAGUAUGUAGAAAAGAGAAAUCGAGUCAUGGAUGCAUUGAUGGAUUUCCUCAGACUUUUGGUAGAAAGAGAAAUGAAUCGCGAACCCUGCGAUUGUGAAGAAUGUAGAGAUACACCGGAACGAUAA